UCGGGGGCACAAGGGUCUCUUAGCCGGGCGCCGCGCCUACUUCUGCUUCUCGCGCUUGAGCUUCUUGUUCUCGGCCUUGAGGGCCUUGAGCUCGGCGCGGAGCGCCUCCUCGGCGGACAUGCCCGAGGCCUUGCGCUUCUUGGGAGCGCUUUCCGAAGCCUGCUUCGACAUCUCGUCCUCGCAGACCUCCUUGACGGCCGCCUUCUUCUCGUCGAGCGCGCCUUCGGGAGCGCCGAGCGCCGACUCCGCCGCGCGGCGGACCUUCUUCUGGGUGGCCUUGCCGUCGAGCUGGGCGAUGGCGUGGAGCACCGCGGCCUUCUCCGCCGUCGUCAGCGGCGGCCCGCCGUCCUUCUUCUUGGCCGGCUUGACGCGCUGCACGACGCGCGGCGCCUCCUCUUCUUCUUCCUCGACGUCACCUCUCAUCCCGGCCUCGCGGCGCGCGCGCUCGGCCCACUCCUUCUUCGGCUUGCGCUUGAGCGCGGGCGCCGGGCCCUGGGGCGUCUCGAGGGCUCUCCCGGCCUCGUCGACCUUGACGAGGUCGCGCUUGCGGCACGGGAUCGUCUCCGACGGCUUGUCGCGCGUCGCGUCGAGCUGGACCUCGAUCCAGCCCGCGGCUCUUUUCGUGACGACGCCCGUGCGGCCGUUGUGCAGGGCGGCGACGCCCGGCGACGCCGCGUUCGUCGUGGCGACGACUCGCACUCUUCCGGUAAUGGCCGGAGCUUGCGGGCCCUUGACGGGCGGGCCGUGCUGGGCUCUGGACUCCUCGCGGGCCUUGCGGGCCCGGAUGGCCGCCGGGUUCGUCGAGAAGGCCUGGGCCAACGAGUCGGACGGCGGCGCGCUGUCGAGCAGAGCAUCUUGGCCCGGCGCGAACUGCGGGCGGCGGAGCGACUUGCGCUCGAAGGCGCCGCCCUCCUUGUUGGCCUUGCCGUCCAUCUCCACCUGCGUCGAACGACAGCGUCGUGCCGUGGCUCGCUCGCGAGACGCGUAGACCCAAUGUCGACGCCGUCGAGGCGACGGCGCGGCUCUCUCACGAAACAGCCGCGUCGACGCCGUCGCGGCCUCGCGAAGACGUCUUCAUGAAGACCGCGCCAAGUUCAAGGUCAUUUCUACACUGGCAAACGGACGGCGAAGUAGCCGCGCUGCUUCUUCUCGAGGACGUAGCAGACGCGGCCCGCGGCCGUCUUGACCUUGACGGAGCCCGUGGGCUUGGGCCCCGGCGACCCGCGGGGGCCGGCCUUCUUCUUCUCCUUGAUCGGCUUCUUCGGCGCCUCGCCGCCGCCGCCGCGCCAGUGCUGCUCGACGGCCGCGGGGCUGCGGCCCGUGCCGAGGCGCUGGGCGAUCUGGGGCCAGGCGCCGCGGGAGCCGAGCUCGUCGACGAGGCCCUUGAGGGCGUCGUCCUCCUCGGGCGUCCACUUGGGCUUCUUCUCGCCCUCGCGCGACUUCUUGGGCUCGGCGGCGCCCUUCUUGGCCUUCUUCGGGGGGAGCUGGUCGUCCUUGGCCAUGGCUGUGCUUGUGUGGUCUUGUUUCGAGUGCUUAGGACGCGCGGGGUGAGGUGCCCGCGGGUGGUUUUGAGCAAAUUGGCGGUUCCUCGCCGUAGAGUUCCUUGCGCGCGGUUUUACGGCCUAAAAAUCGGGCCGGGGACUCUGCGGGCUGUGGGGAGCUUCUGGAGCGAUUCUGUACGUUUGCGGGGCGAUAUUGGGGUCUGCGCGGCCCAAAUAUCACCUACG